UCGUCGACGAUAACACAGAACGCUCAACGAAGUCUUAAAGAAAUAUAUUCAUCAUAUCUCUGCUUUAACUCGUUUAUAUUACUAUUAACUAAGAUCUUUUCGCUCAUUAUGAAGUUCCUAAUAAUAUUUUUAAUCGCAUCGUCAGCGAUUGCAUAUACAACUGCAGAAGAUGAUCCAAUAUUGAAUCAUCGUUUCCGCCGUGGAGAAGAACCUAAAGGAUCAGUUGUCUUACGCGGUGAAAAACCAUUGAGCGGACCUGAUCAACGUGCUACGAUCAAUCUAGAAUUACAGCGAAAAUUGAACGAGCAUACUAGCGUAUACGGAGGUGGACACUAUAUGCAAGGAGAUCGAGUAAGGCCACACGCUGGAGUUGUUUAUGAACGCGAAUUUGGAAAUGGCUUUAUCAAUGGACGUGGUCAAGUUCAACCAGGAGCACGAGGACGAUUGGAACCUUCCUUUGGAAUAAAUGGUGGCUUCAGAUUUCGCCGCGAAGCUGAUCCACAGGGAUCAGUUGUCCUCCGUGGUGAAAAACCAUUGAGCGGACCCGAUCGACGUGCUACAAUCAAUCUAGAAUUACAGCGAAAAUUGAACGACCACACUAGCGUAUACGGAGGUGGACACUAUAUGCAAGGAGAUCGAGUAAGGCCACACGCUGGAGUUGUUUAUGAACGCGAAUUUGGAAAUGGCUUUAUCAAUGGACGUGGUCAAGUUCAACCAGGAGCACGAGGACGAUUGGAACCUUCUUUUGGAAUAAAUGGUGGCUUCAGAUUUCGCCGCGAAGCUGAUCCACAGGGAUCAGUUGUUCUCCGAGGUGAAAAACCAUUGAGCGGACCUGAUCAACGUGCUACUCUAAAUCUGGAAUACCAACAAAAACUGAACGAGCACACCAAUGUUUACGGAGGUGGUCAUUAUACGCAAGGAGAUCGACUAAGGCCACACGCUGGAGUUGUUUAUGAACGCGAAUUUGGAAAUGGCUUUAUCAAUGGACGUGGUCAAGUUCAACCAGGUGGACGAGGACGAUUGGAACCUUCCUUUGGAAUAAAUGGUGGCUUCAGAUUCAAACGAGAUGCCGAAGAAGAAGGAAAAGAAAUAGAAGAAGAAGAAGAAGAAGAGGAAAUACAAGAGUUAGAAGAAUAAAUAAAUAAAAAAAAAAAAAAAGAAAAAGACAUUUCUAUGUAUGCUCGUAUGAAUGGUUAUAAUCAUGUAUUAUCUA